AUGAACCGGUGGUUUGCAUUUGUUAUUCAAUUAACUAUGAUGUUUUUCAUAUGGAAUGCUCUGUUAAUAGUUAUUGGUUGCGUUUCAACUGCUCAAAUUGUAAUUGGUUUCUUCAUUGACGCCAAUAAAGUCAACUCAGGGAAAGCUUCGUUAAGUGAUACACCUAAUCAACAAAUACCGAUGAGUGCUUGGAAGGAAGCUUGGCAUGACCGUCAACAAGCAAUUCAAAAAUAUUUGGAUGGUUGGUAUGUGGAUUAUAUGGAAAAAUUGGUUGAUGUUCAACAACAGCAACAAGAAUAUUGGCCGCAAUAUUUGUAUAAUCAACAACGAUACUAUUAUCCUCCUCAGAUGAACAUCAAAGGGAACGUUUAUGAUGAAGACGGAAAUUUAAGUGGGAUCGAUGAAAACGCUUUAACUUCUAAUAUUUCCGAACCUUCCGCAUACCAAGCACAAUCAAUUUAUACUGAGUAA